GCGGCCGCGCGCCGCACAAUCAAUAUCUUUGCCAUCAGGGAUUUAAAAAAUUAAAAUUUUCGAAUUUUGAACGCGGAAACGUCAGAAACAUGGCCUUUGUCGUACUCUUUUGUAAAUAAACAGUGAUUUUGCGCGCGUAUUUCGUGUUAAUAGAGCGUAAUAUCAUAAAUAAGUGCGACGCAAAAUCGUCAAGGAUAUAUAUGUUAUGAGUGAUGGAACUGCUGUACGGGUCUGACAAGGACCGGCUUACGAUGGCUCCACCGGCGGCAGCGUCCUGCAUGAACGAGCAUGGCUGCGUCAUGUUCGAUUGUCUGGUGCAUCUGUGGGAAUGGAUUGAUCCCCCGCCCGCACAAGCACAAUACCAAAUGGAGGACAAAAAAAUAGUACCUGCGACCCAGCAGCCCUCGACGCAACAGCACAUAAUGGCGCACCACGUCCACCCAGACCAAAUAUACGCUCAACAGAACACACAAAUAGCCGCACACAUCACAAACCAGCCGGGCCAGUUGCAAAUGAAUGGAGGCAUGCACCAACUCAUGCAGAACCAGUAUCAUUCGAACAUGAAUGCGCGAUCACCGCUACUCGAAAACAGGCAUGACUUGUAUGGAACGGGCCACAAUCCGGACUACAAUAGACACUACGGAGCUAACGAUAACCACAACUAUCCCCAGUCUCCACCCAGAUUCGAACGGCAGGAGUUCCAACCGGACCAAAAUGUUAACCAUGAGCUCCUCCACAACAUCCCGAAGGGAUACAACGCCGAAGUUUAUCAAGAUUAUUUAAAACGUAACCCACCGAAAGAUAGUAACCAAAUAUACCAAAAUCAUCAACUUAUUUAUAGGCCUAAUGUUAAUCAGUAUGGCUCGAAGCCGUACCUCCCGUACUCGAAUAGAAUAGGACCGCAGAGUAAUACGGAGCUACUGAGAAGACAGUAUAAUGAAAUCCAGCAAAUGAAAAUGCAGCAGCAGAUGCACUACCAGAAUCAGGCACAAAUGCAUCAGCAACAAAAAUUCGCAGAGAGACAGCUCCUUCUCCAACAGAUUCAUGGAGUACAACCACCACCGAAUUUGCAGAAUAGUAUAUACUCCGACAGCUCUUAUAGAGACCUAGAUAGGUAUAGUAGUAAAAAUGACUUCAAGGAGUACAGUAGUUCUGAUAUAAACAAGGAACUCGAGAGAUAUGCAAGAGAUAAUGAGUUUAUAGAGAUGGAAAAACAACAAAGACAGUAUCAGGAGGCCCAGUGGCAGGCGAACCAAAUACAGAAAGAAGAACUGAGUCAGAUGCAAGAAGAGAGGCGACAGCGAAUGCAGCAGGAGGAAAUAUCAAAAAGUCAAUCACCGCCGUCAGAUUACAAUAGUCAAAUGAAGAAGAGUAAUAAUGAACCAACGUCUCCAAUGAAAUCUAGCGAAUCGAGUACCCCAAGUAUAAAGUCACCAUCAUCUGAAAGUAGACGAAGUAGUAGCGGGAACCAAGCCUUACGGUCACCAAUCGCACAAAGAAUACCCUCAGCGCCUGUUACUAUGGCGGGGAUUUUGUACAAACAGGGAUCUGAUGGUUUAAAAGUAUGGCGAAAAAGAUGGUUCGUCCUGUCAGAAUACUGUUUAUUCUAUUACAAAAGUCAAGAGGAAGAAAAACUUCUGGGGUCUGUACUACUGCCGUCCUACAGGGUCUCAGCUUGCACGCCCGAGGAUAAAGUUAUGCGGAAAUUUUCUUUCAAACUGGAACACGCUAAUAUGCGGACUUAUGUGUUGGCUGCCUUAGAUCAAGAGUCCAUGCUAAAGUGGGUUAAAAUGCUUACAAUGGCCGCUCUUAUGCAGAACCCCAAUGACCAACGGCAAAACCAAAGUGAUCGAGCAGCUGCCAAGCCCGAGGAGGAAGAAACUCCAGGGCCGACUUAUGCGAAUGCUCCGCCAAAGCCGCGGCGGUCAAAUGACGGUUACAGUUCACCCAGCCCAGAAAUGUAUGAUCCGAACUAUGAUUUACUCAAACAACCAGCAUCACACUACAGUCAAGGUCAACCCAGCCACACUCGUUACCAAGAUACGCAACAACUCCAACAGGAGAGCACGUACAUUCGCAGCCCGCAGACCACCCAACCCCAGCAACACAUGAAACGACCAUACGACAUGAAUCUACCUCUCACAAAUGUAGCCAAGGAAAAACUGGAAAACAAUCAAACUCAAUAUAAGUCUAAUACUCAUUCACCUUAUAUUGAUGAUAGGUCGAAAGCCACGGAACAGCUACAACAGGAAAGAAAUGAAGCUAUGUACGAAAAGCAGAAACAAUACAAUCCGUUCCUACAAGACUAUCCACAGACGCCGGUUUUGACGCACCAACAGCGGCAUAUGCGAGACAAUGUUUCCCAGGGAAAAAAUAGUGCACCUGAUGUUGAAAAAUCCCAAGUACCAUAUAAUGAAAAUUAUAAUGCUAAACCUUAUACCGAUCCAAAUACUUACGCAAGGGAAGUUUAUGGUGAAUUGAAUAGAGCAAACAAACAAGGUACAAGUCAACCCACUCAAGAUGCUUAUGGUCGAACUGUUCCUGUUCAACCUUAUACGACAAAGCUUGGAGACUAUGAAGACAUUUACGCUGAAUAUGGUGGUGAUAAUCAAUAUGGGAAGACCUACGUGAAAUCACCAAUGACUCCACAAACCAGAGACAACAUAAGCGUCUCCAGUCACAAGUCACCACAGGAACAACAAACCAAUUAUCCUCAAGAGAAAGUAUUUAGCGGACCUUCAGUAUUGCGUAGAAAGAAGAUGCAAGCAAGUGGCAUUCAACCUCCUAUGCCAAGGCCGCAUAGCGCUGAUUUUCUAGAAUAUGAAAUGAAAAAUGAAAAUGUGAAACAGGCAACCACAACAAAAAUAGUAUCUGAUUAUCCCAAGCAGCCUCAGCGGCCGAAAUCCAGUCUUGAUAUUAAUUCGUUUUAUGAUCCUAGUUCUGAUAGAUAUUAUUCUGAGGAAAGCUAUGCGGAGAAAAUGCGUAAAACAGCUCAAUUAUUACAGCAGCAAGGCUUACCUACUGGGAAUAUACAAAUACCCUUAGCAAAGUACGCAAGCGGGCUUGUGGAAAAACAACUACAUUCUCCAUAUUCGCAAGGAAUCAAUAAUAAUUAUGAAACAGGAUUUGGCACAAGCAGAAGUAAUAAAGAUAAUGUCAGCUACACCUCAAAAUACAGCGAUUUGGAAGGCAUACAUUCUAAUUGGACGUUGAAAGAAAAAGAUCUUGAAAAUCAAAAAAUGAGAAGUGGCAGUGUUAUAAGUGAUCAUUCGAACAUGAGUGGUGCAAGGGAUGCUAACAGAUUUGACCAAAAUCCUGAAGGUUUUAUAAGAUCAGCUAGCGCUAGGGUACCUUCCUCUAAUGAAAGAGAAGGUGACAAGAAAAUACACCAGAAAGAGGAAUCGAUGAAGCGAUUAUUAGAAUGGAAGCAAAGAAUGUUGCAGUCGCCUCUUACUAGGAAAAGCACACCAGCAACUAUUUCUUUGGCAAGAUCAUUGAAUCAAAGCCGACAGUCGGUACGAUCUGAUCAAUACAAACCAAAGGCCUAUGGGAAUGCAUCUUACAACAGUUACUCUUCAGAUGACGAAGAGGAAACAUCGGACACUGGUCUGCAAAUACCAAAGGAAAUGCAGGCAGGAAGGUCCCACUUAGUAAACGUUACGGUUCCAAUCAUUUCGCGGCCGAUAACUUCGCACGUGCUUUCCUCCACCUCUGUUAAUAAUAGCACUAUUAACGAUUGUCCCAGUAUAGAUCCUACUGAAACAUUUUAUGAAAAUAUUUCUUGCACUACUCCCAACUCCAUACCGAAUACAGAAGAUACAACCGCUUGUGAUAAAACAAACUCAGAUGAUCCCACAAAUUCUUUGACAGAAUUUAUAGACAGCAAUCAAUUAGAUGGCGAAGCAAAUGAAUGUGAUAAUGAUGGGUAUGAAACUCAAGAUAGUGAAGCAGAAUCAGAAACACAAAAUGAAUAUACAGACAAUGAUCUGGACGAAGUUCUUUUAGCAUCGGAUAUCGAGGCUGAACAAACUGACACUCAAGUACCAACGCCAAAUAUAGCUGAAGUAAUAAUCAAAGACAAAGUUGAAGACAAGUCUGAAACGCCUCCGAUAAAAACUUUAGGCGAAGAUCAUUACUUGCCUAUGAGUCCUCGUAAAAUAUCAACCAUUGAACCAGCUCACAAAACAAUAUUAGAUAAUAUAGCCGACUUACACAAUUACAUGCCACAUGCCUAUGAAGACAAUCCGUAUGUUGAAAUGAAUUUAGGAAAUGAGGAAGAUGACAUGCAAACAUACGAAUUGGUGUGUAUAAAUAAUAGUAAACCUGAACCGGUUUAUAUGGAAUUAAGUAAUGUGUUAUCAGAAAAGCAAGAAAUUACAAAUGCGCUAAAAGCUUCAAGUGAGGCUUCUGAUACGGCUUCAAACUUUGCUGAUACAAAAGAACACACCUUAAAAAGACUAAAAGAGAAAAAUAUUAAGGAAAAGACCGAGUCUUCAGAUGCGGACGAUGAAGUAUUUAGAGAUGUUACAAUAGAUGAACCUUUCAGUAGAUUCAGUAUUUCUGACACAUUCAGACCUGCGUCAUAUUAUUUAAGUGGAAGCAGAAAUACUUUAAAUACCAAUCGCAGCUCCGACAGUGAGAGUACACCUUUGAGGCCCUUGCCGAAUUCGCCAGCCCCUGGUGACGGUUUAAUGGAUGAAGAACUUUCCAAAUAUAUUUUAGAUAAACUUGAUAAAUCAGAUAUAUCACAAGAUAGUUCUAUUCUAAAAAUGUUAACUUGUGAAAAUCAAAAAAUGCACAAAAUUAAAAAGAAAACAACGUCGUUAAUGAUUUAUGGAAGUCACACCUCGAUACAUGAUACAUUGACCCGAGGCGAAAAAAUCCGACAUAGUCGGGCCAGUCUUACUAAUGUUAAGAGAUUAUCAGAUGCCGCUACCAAUGAGUUUAUUAAUACCUCGAUUCCCGAAAUUCAUAACUCUAGUAGUGGCGAGGGAGAAUCUCUUCACAGCUAUAACGCAGAUAGAGGUUCGUCCAGACUUUCCUUGGAGUCAGAUAUCAGUAGCAGGUUUGAAAAUGUAUCAUCACAUUACUCACCAGAUGUUCGAAGUUUAACCGAUGACUCUGUUGAUUUAAGGCGUUCUAUCGGUAGUCUCGAUUUUGAUGAUAGUGUUAAUAAACGUCGACCACUUUCUGAUGAUUCUUUGUUUAGUUUAUUGAUACCUGAGCGUAAAGUCGGAGAUCUUUCGGAAAUAAACUUGGAUAUGUAUUUGGAAAGUUUGCAGCCAGGCACUAGUCAACCUCACUACUCAAAACAAACAAUAAGAACAUCAAAUAAUUAUGCGAAUAACCCUGAAACUUCAGAAAACCCGGCUUAUGGAAGAAUACGAAGUCUUCAGUCAUUAGGUGUACCAAUAACUGGGCCGGAAAACAAAGUCAGUUCUUCGUCUUCGAGUGAUCUUAGGUGCCAGAGUCUCAACACUCAAAGAUUUGAAAACAUUCAGGGUUUGUCACAUAAUAAUAGUUUGAGUGCAGACCAACCGAAAGCGCCAUUUGAUUUCUAUUGCAAAAGUUUUACUGAGGAUAGUAUGCAUCGUAAAAACUUGAAUCAAGAUAUCAUUGAUGAUAAAAUUAAAGAAUUUGAAAACGAGAAAAAUGUUUUAAAGAGCGGAUUGGACAUGAAUGACUCUUCUACUACAACAGGAUUUCAUAGUAGAGAAAGUUCAAGUCAAAGUGCGCCUUAUUAUUAUUCAGAUCUUUCAUCACAAGAACACAUAAACGCUCUCCAUACAACACAGUUUCUGAAGAAUACAAACUUACAUCGAAAAUUAAACAACCAGCGUCGGAGGGGCCCCUCUCAUAAAAAGAACGAUAUCUCGCAUAUUCAUAAUCCAAUUCAUAGUAAUCACUUUACGUCCUCAUCAUACGAUUUAGCGGCGUCAGCAAGAAGUGUAUCUGUAGAAUUUUUGAGUGCUGUUGAAAAAAAUCCAGAAUUUGAUUUAAGGAAUAUUUAUGAAUCUACUGGUACUAAAGUUUCUAAAAUACCUGAGUCUAUAAGACUCAUACCGAGUCUUAUUAGUAAACAGAAUGCAAGCUUCGUGAAUAAUGAGGAAAGCAGCUCCUCUGACUCGAAUGCAUUGCAUAGUAGUAGCGUUCAUAACAAUCCUGCCAUAAAAGUAUCAAGGAGCAGUAUGUCGUCACAUUGUAGUGAAAAUUCGUCAAACACUGUUUAUUAUGACGCAGAAGCAGAUGCGAGUGGAUAUGAAAACGUAAUGUUUACAGGCGAUCAUCAGUGGGAUGAAAAUACUUUAAGGCAAGAAAAUUUAAGGUGGGUAUCGCAUAGGCAUGCUCGAUCUAUGGAUGAUUUAGAUACCGUUGAAAAUAUAAGGGUAGACAGAUCUGGAACAUUAAAUAGUAUCAAACGUGUCAAAAAUAAUGCAAGCAAAAUCAGUCGCAAUGUUACAUACGUUAAUUGUGAUAUACAGGAGCAAGUGCAGCGACGCCUCGAAGCAAAUAGUAGUAAGCAAACAAACAUGCCGUUAGAAACUAAUGGUGAUAAUGAUGAGUAUGUGAGCUUAGCCAAUGCAUCUCAAGUUGUUAAUGAGCCAAUCGAUGAAGGAGUUUAUGAGCAGUUAGCCGUAGGAUCCUCAGAGUACAUGCAUACUUUGAAAAAUACGACAGGCAGCCGUCGUAAGGACCAAUCAAAUAAGAGGCGGUUUGAAAUCGACCGAGAAAAUCUUAGGCAGUGGGACUUAAUGUCGAGUGGGCUUAUGAAAGGGGGAAUAGAGCGCGUGCGGAGUAUUAUCGGUGGCAGUGAUUUGGAUGCAGGAGCCGUCAGUAGUACGAAUAAUGGAACUGCAAAUGAACAAUGAAGGUACCUUCUAGUAUUACGCGGUCCCGAUUUGUACAUGAUAACUUCUAUGACAAUGUCAGGCGCUAAUGUAGAACCAGGUCCAAAUAUAAUAAAUUCAAAUCAGCAACCACUAUCAAAGAAACCAUUUGUCGGUAGCAAUACGUCUAUCGGAAGAAGUAAUAGAGA